AUGGGCAACAACAUUGAUGCCAUCGAUUUGACUCUCACCUCCUCGCCAGAGCCGGAGCCGGAGCCAGAGCCAGAGCGAAAGCCAGCUCAGCAGCAGCAACGAUCGCGUGCCCAACAUGACCUCAAGGCAGAGCCUCAGUCAUACGAUUUGGCGUCUACCCAAAAAAGCCAAAUGAGUGAUCUGCCGAGGCCUGCCGCCAAUCGAAGCAUUGAUCCUCAACAUCUUCGUCGGAUUGUGCACACUAGCGAUCAACACGCCUUACGCAAGGUAGUGCUUCACUUGUGCCACAUUUCGCCUGCCUUGUCGGGUGCAGUAGCUCGCGGCCUUGCACCGCACUCGACAUUCGCCAAACAGGUCGUCAGCGACCGGCGGCACAUGGAGGCAACGACUUAUCAAUCCGAGGAUGAGAGUAACGAUAGUGCUUACGAACGCACCAAAAAAAGAUUGGCCGCUCACAUAACCAACCCAAGGAGUGCAUCGCGGCCACUCACAAAGUGUAUGGAAAUUGAACCAACACGCGGUGAAUUUCAAAUAGCCACUUCCCCGUGUAGCGUGCCGAGAGUGAAGAGCGAGUCUCGACCCAUCCUCGGUUCAUCCAGCACUGACAGUAGCAAGAAGCAGCUUUCUGUACCCUAUCCACCUAGCGCAGCCCAGGGGGCAUCUAUUUCGGGAUCUGUGCAGAGCAAUCCAGAAGCAUGUGUCAACGUCAAUCGCGGCCCAACCGCCUCACUGGCUUCAGCGCGACUGUUUCGUACGCCACGCGAUAUCCCUAGGAGGAGCACAUGCGUCAACUGUCGCAUGUGGUUCACUUCUGGCUCUGACGAAGUCUGUAUGUUUCAUUCAGGACAUAGGGUUCGUCGGGAUGGCCAAGGCAUCUACAGUUGCUGUGAUGCACCUCUCACCGAUCCCGGGUGUCAGUUUAGACGUCAUGUUUCCUCAGAUGGAGCCGAUCGAGACGGCAAUGAUCGCAAGCGACCGAGCAGGUCGCCACACCCGGCUGGUAUGGACCGCGUAAAGAUCAGAAAGCUGCCCUGGUUAAACUGA